AAAAUCUAAUAGAUGGUAAACAUACAAACAAAUUCGAAUCCUAAUUGCCAGGUAUUCACCACAAAUUGCCGCCAUAACAAUUUCAACCACUGCAUGAUCUAGAUCCCAAUUCCCACUGUACACCAACGCCAUAAUUCUAGGCUUUUUCUUUUAUACAUCGACAGGAAUUUUGUUAUUUCUGAAUAAGUGUAUUGCUUCCUUGCAUGAAGACAAGGCCACCAUCUGAAUGAUAGUUUGCUUGUGAGAAGAAAGAGAACAGAUUUACAAAUUUUUAUGUGAGAUAUGGCAAAUAGCAAAUAUGAGUAUGUCAAGGGUUUUGAACUUGAGGAUGAGGUGAUGUUUCCGAGUUUCAUCCUUGUUUCGAUCAAUGCUUGUAAACUUCCCAAGCCUUAUGAUGUAAAUUUCUUGAAUUUGAUGAACUCUUGUGCUGUUGCGGUGCUCGAAGAGUUUGCAGAUGUAGUCCUUGCAUAUGGGUUUAGUGAUGAGUAUACCUUUGUUUUCAAGAAAAGCACCAAGUUCUAUGAAAGGCGAGCUAGCAAAGUAUUAUCCAUUAUUUCUUCGUUUUUCUCAUCUGUCUUUGUGAGAAAAUGGCGUGAAUUCUUUCCGCAGAAGGAACUACAUUCUCCUCCUUCCUUCCAUGGGCAAGUUGUACCUUGUGCAUCCAUAGAUGCCCUUCAAGCUUAUCUUUUGUGGAGGCAAAAUAUAUGUCAUUUGAAAAAUCAGUAUGAUCAAUGCUUUUGGCGACUUGUUGAGCGUGGGAUGAAUGAGAAGGAAGCACAAGAGUUCAUGGAUGGAGCCAAGAAACGUGACUUAAAUGAUAUUUUAUUUGACGAGUUCAAUGUCAAUUACAAUACACUGGAUCCAAUAUUUCGACAAGGUUCCUGUAUUUUAAAGACAAUGGUAGGGGCUGUGGUGAAGUACACAGAAACAGGUGCUCCAGUUAAAAGACAAAGGAGAGAGAUAAUCACAGUGCAUUCCAAGAAAAUAGCAAGCCCACGAUUUUGGAAUGAGCAUUCUAUUCUUUUGAAGGAGCUUGGUGUUUUUGUAGAGGAGAUUAACAAUGUGAAACCAGAGUAUGUGAGGUCCUUUGAAUUUGAUAGCAAGUUGAUGCCAUCUACAUGGGUUGUAGUUCGGAUAGAUGGAUGCCACUUCCACAGAUUUUCCGAGAUACAUGAAUUUGCGAAGCCAAAUGAUGAUCGAGCUCUUAACUUGAUGAAUUCAUGUGCAGUGGCUGUCUUAGAGGAAUUUAGGCAGGAUAUAGUAUUUGCUUAUGGGGUUAGUGAUGAGUACAGUUUCAUUCUUAAGAACUCCACUGAUCUUUAUGGAAGGAGAGCUAGUAAAAUCGUAUCAGCCAUUGUGUCUUUCUUCACAUCCACUUACGUGAUGAGAUGGAAAGAUUUCUUCCCUCAAAGUGAGUUAAACUACCCUCCUUCUUUUGAUGCACGAGCAGUGUGCUAUCCAUCUGCUGAGAUAUUACUGGACUAUCUUUCAUGGAGGCAAGUGGAUUGCCACAUAAACAAUCAAUAUAACACUUGUUUCUGGAAGCUUGUUGCAUCUGGUAAAAGCAAAAAGGAAGCUCAACGUAGUUUAAAGGGUGCUCAACUGCAAAAAAAAAUCGAGGAAUUGUCUAUCGACUACAAUAAAUUGCCAGUGAUGUUCCGACUAGGAUCCUCAGUUUUUUGGGAUAGGCUAGACAAUGUUCUCAUCCAUCAGGAGAAUGGAGAGUCUUCUGAAAAUUAUGGAAAGGUCAUUGUAAAACAUAUUGACAUCAUAGAAUCAGCCUUUUGGCUAGAACACCCUGGUAUCCUUUAUGGAAAAGCAUAUAACCUUGGCAAAGCAACCAUACUCCAGGCCUGAUCACAAUCUGCUAGGGGUAUUAGGACCAAAAUAUUUCCUUUUAAACGAAAAAAGGUUAAACCCGAAGAAGUUGUUCCGUCAAUACCCCUGCCAGCAAAAAGGAAGGAAAGAUCCCCUUCAUCAUUGGUGGUUAGUGCUCCCAAAGUUUCAACGCAUACAGGCUUUACAGGAAAGAGAACAAAAACUGGUACAAGAAAGGCUGCUGCUUUACAUGGAUGCAGUUUUAUCCCCGAAGGUUCCACCAGUGUUAUCAAAUAGCAGACCCAUGGCUGCCAUAGUGGAUAUACAUGGAUGUUUUCGCCUUUUCGGGCUCGCGGCAAUGGUAAAUAUCGGCCGAUAUUGUGGGUUUUACUACCAUAUUCUGCUCUAACGGUGCUGCGAAGCCACCGGUAUGGCGGGAUUUUGGAUCUCCGUCAUGGACCGCCAUCCGCCGUCGACAACACUGGGUUCCAUAGAGAAAGAAGAAACAGAUAAUGAAAAUAUUCUGGCAAACUCAGCAUCUGUUUCAAUUUAGGACACUAGGACUUGCAUUACAUUUCAAUUUGUGGUCGGGCUUUUACUUGAACAAUUAUGACACUUACUUGUGAUUAUGCGCGUGCAUGGUUGUUAUAUUUUUGUAGGGUUCUUUCAUAGUUGUGACUUCUAAGAAACAUAGACCUAAUGAAGAUACAAACAACAAUAUGGACCUUACCGAAGGAAAGGCUGAUCUCUGGGCGCAGGCAAUAGAACAAAGUCCUCAAGGUCAAACUUACAAGGGACUCCUCUUGCCAAAGUAGAGUCUCCAGUUACUCCUCACGGUGGAUUAGCGAUGUCUGAAAUUACCAAAUCAGAGCCACCUACAUCUGUUCGGAGUGAAUUACACAUGCCUAAAACUAAGAACAAGAGUAAUGGUCAUAAAACAAAGUUUGGAGAUGUCAAGGAUGGAAACACCUUGCCUUCAGGACCAGUGAAGCGAAAAAGGCUGUGUCCUGCUAAUCAGAAGAGAACCGCAGCAUCUGGGAUGUCUGCCUCAGCACAACUCGUGUUAGAUGCAACAGGGAGCAGGUGCAACAGGAAAAACAGUCCUAUUUGGUUUACAUUAGUUGCAUAAGAAGACCAGAAUGGGGGAAUUUCCUUGCAACAUAUCUCGGCUUGCUAUUCAAGAAUAAAGCAACUUUUUCAACUCAUGUAGUCUUUAUGUUUUUUGGGAUUGAGUUAGGCCUAGUCUCAAGUUAAGAGAAACAUGCAAAGUUACUCCUUACCAGAAUUUUGCUUAUAGAAGUUGGAUAGUUAUUUCCCCUUCCUCCUUGAACAUAUUAUGUGUGUUUCCUUGCAAUUCUGCUAUCACAAGCAAAUAAGCAUCCUGUACAGAUUGGGUCUCUAUGAUAUACAUUACCACAGUAAUGGUGAAAAAGAACACUCCCUUUGAUCUGGCAGCUAUUGUAGUCAGUUACAAGUAAUUAAAACUAAAAUUUUGGAACAAUUUGCUGAGAAGGUACACAUGUUCGGAGAACAUAAGUUUCUGUUUUUUUCUUUUUCUUAUUUUGUCCACUCUCAUAUUUACUCAAUGGAUGUAAAGGAUAUUAAUUCUUUUAACAUACUUUUGGAGCUUUAACAGAAAUGCCAGACAUUUGUGGAAGCUGAUUUUAUGGUUAUCAUCAUACUUGUUUACUCGUGGGAUUAUCUUGAAAAGUCUUUGAAGAUUAUGCUAUCUUUGACAUGUUUGAGAUAUUUACCUUAAUCACAGGGAUGGUACUGUGCCCAUCUCGUUUAUUCAAAAGUACCUCAUGAAGAAACAUAGUGUGACAUGGUUUGGUGCUAUUUUCUACAGGUGGAAAUAAUAUGUUGGGGUCAACCCGUGCUCCCAUCUUUGCAAAUGCAUAACUUAGUAGAUCUGUGGUUCUGCACAGCUUCAACAUCGAAAAGGGUGUUGAUCUCUACAUAAAUGAAUUUGUCUCUGUCCACCUUAUUAUUACUUACUUUAAUUCCUUACCCACCUUGUGAAAUGUAGUAAAAUUAACAUACCUCCUAUGAUAGAACCCAAUUGAGGAGCGAAGGCCCAACUGUUCAGUUCAUUGUCAGACCUAUUAAGUUAAUUUCUUCUCUCCCAAUAAUUUCUUCUAGUUUAUCAUUAACUCUCAGCUUUUGCAGGUUAUGCCUAUGAUUCAUUAACCUUCUUACAAGCGAAAUGAGAGAUUUUACUCAGAUUGAUCCCCAAACAAAACGGAUCUCUUCUAAACCUGGGCUCACUAACCUAGUAAAGAGUUUGACCAAUUAAUUUCAAGAAUCAAACAGAAAUUUUCACAUCAUUAUCUCAAUAACCAAACAGAUAUUUCAUAGGCUUAUCUCUAUAACCAAACAAAGAAAUCAAUUAUACCAACAACGCUACU